AUGAAGCUAUCUCUCCUUUCUGUUGUUGCCUUCGCGGUCUCGACCCUCGGUAGUAAGCCGACUCCUCCGGCUCUGACUCUUCUCUACAGUGCAACUAUCAACAAAGGCUCGGCUUUGGUCAUUGAAAGUUCUUCGACUGGUCUAAAGGCGGUUCAGGCCAUCACUGGUGGCUCGUUUUCGGGCUCCAAGAUUUCUGGAACUGUUGUCACUGGAACGGCAAUAAGUGUCAAGAGUGCCAGUGGACUCAAGGUCGAGGCGAGCUUUGUCUUGCAGACGAGUGAUGGGGCUAAUAUCUUGGUCACCGAGAGAGCGGCCAUUCCCUAUGUUGAGGCGACCUUUGAGACCGGUUCAGCGACGUAUGACUGGUUGAACAAUGUUACUGCAUGGGCGACACCGCGGAGUUUGAGCAACAUUGAUUAUCUCGACUACUGGCAGGUCGCAACAGCCUAG